AGAACAUAGAACAGUCGGGCCCUUAGUUGUGCUUGAUGAUCAAUUUCUCAUCCGACAAUUGGGAAUCAAAGCAACCGGCAAUCAAGUCAUCAACUUCACAGUCGAGUCGAGCCAGAAGAAAUUCAGCAUCGAACAUUUGGACCAUUUCUGGUGAUUUAGGGUUUAGUGACAGAGAGAAAGAGAGAUGGGAGGAGGCCAUGAAAGGAGCACAACUUAUAAAGGUGUAACUUUGCAUCACCCAAAGAGAUGGCAUGUAGUCACCGGCAAGGGCUUGUGCGCUAUCAUGUGGUUUUGGGUGUUGUACAGAGCUAAACAAGAUGGUCCUGUAGUAUUGGGUUGGCGACACCCUUGGGAGGGCCAUGAUGAACAUUCUCACGACCAUGGAGACAAACAUUAGUGUUUGGCUGCAGCCUGAAGAAGAUUAUCUGAUUAGGCGUUGCUGGUGCAGAAGCUGGUUUGAAUGUCUUCUGUUAAUUUCUUCUGUUUCAAUAAAGUGAUUGUGAAAAGGGAUUGUAGCAUAAUGAGAUGAAAAAUGAGACUCCAUUUUGACAUUAUGGUUUUUUUUCUUUGUAAGCAUGGAUUUUCUUGAUCGAUGAAUGUGUUUUUUGUGUACCUCUUUAUUCAGCUGAAUGUAGAUUUAGGCUUAGUUGAAGUAUUCAUGAUAUUAACCUAUCCUCCUAAAUUACUGUGCCUUAACACAACAGCUGGAACCUCUUCUAACCCUCCUUCCCAACUCAUAUCUCCUUCGCUCCAAACAUUUUUCCUACACUCUUACAACAAAUGGCACAGAGCAAUAUUCUCCACUUACCAGAUGGUAACCUUAUCAUCACCGAUCAACUGCUAUGGAUCUCAAUAUUGAAGCUAACCAGGCAUUAUGUCUCAGUAUGUAGGUCUGACUGUGAUUUGAUGUACUCAUUAUCUAGAAAGCAAGUUACUUGUCCGCUCAGACGAUGGCUUGUCAAUUAUGGAUAUUGUUGUUUAAACACAUUCUGUUACCUAGAAUGAACUUGCAGACGGCACUCAUAUGUUAACGCUUACUUGAUCCAGCUCAAAGUGUGACGAGACUUAACCUCUCUUUGAUGGGUUACGUGAGAACGCCAAUUUUGGUGACUAAUGUAACAUCAAAAUGGAGCUGAUCUUGAUCGAGUCUUGAUAAAUUAAAGAUUCAGAUUUGAAAGUUAUGGGAGUUAAAUUAAAGAUUUUGAGCCACCAAACUACGAAGGAUACACAUAACAAUUCUAAUUUAAACUGCCUAUAUUUGAUACUAAGUUCCGUAAAAAAGUUAGUCAAAUUUUUUAUUCAUUCCCGUAAAAAGGUAGAUCACCCGACCUUACCUAUUGAUUG